AUGGCAACUGAGGUCCACAAUCUCCAAGAACUGCGGAGGAGUGCUUCAUUGGCUACCAAGGUUUUUAUACAGCGAGACUACAGUGAUGGGACCAUCUGUCAAUUCCAGACCAAAUUCCCCCCUGAACUGGACAGUCGGAUUGAGCGGCAACUUUUUGAGGAAACAGUGAAGACACUGAACAACUUCUAUGCGGAGGCUGAGAAAAUUGGGGGCAGCUCUUAUCUGGAGGGAUGUCUGGCCUGUGCCACAGCCUAUUUCAUCUUCCUUUGCAUGGAGACCCACUAUGAGAAGGUUCUGAAGAAGAUCUCCAAGUAUAUCCAGGAGCAGAAUGAGAAAAUCUAUGCUCCACGAGGGCUUCUGCUGACUGACCCAGUGGAGCGGGGCAUGAGAGUUAUUGAGAUUUCUAUCUAUGAAGAUCGUUGCGGCAGUUCCAGCUCAGGCAGCACCAGCAGCAGCAGCAGCAGUGCUGGGGGAGGUGGGGGAGCAGGGGGCCGGUGA